GUCACUUCCCAUGGUGCCUUGCAUGAUAAAAUGGCCGUGGGAGGUAAGCGGUAGGUGGGCAGAUUAUAGACGAAACCGGAAUGUGGUUACCUAGCCUAUAACAUCAUCAUUAGGAAGGUCGUAAGACUGGAGACUUUCUUGUCUUUUCUGUGACAUUAAUUUUUACUCUCGACUUCUUUAUCGCGAAUGAUGAAUUUUUCUGUAACAGACGUUUUACUUGGCCGCUGAGGAUGACGUGAUUCAAGUCUUUUGCAGCAUCGACAUCGAUCCUCCCUGUUUAGAACGAAUAUAUCAUUCGAUGACUGAUAGUCGUCGGUGGUUUGCAGUUAAGUUUUUUACUUAAACAUUGACAAUGGCUGAAUCCAGUGAGUGCAAUAUUAAAGUGGUUUGCCGUGUGAGGCCUUUAAAUCAGUCGGAGGAGAAAGCUGGGAGUAAAUUCAUUUUGAAGUUUCCAACGGAUGAUUCAGCUUCAAUUGGGGGGAAAGUAUUUGUUUUUGACAAGGUCCUGAAACCAAAUGUCACUCAAGAGUAUGUGUAUACUGUCACUGCCAAGCCAAUUGUGGCAGAUGUUCUCAGUGGCUACAAUGGCACCAUUUUUGCCUAUGGUCAGACAUCCAGUGGCAAGACACACACAAUGGAAGGUGUCCUUGGCAAUGAAACACUUCAAGGUAUCAUUCCCCGUAUUGUACAAGACAUCUUUAAUUACAUCUAUGGAAUGGAUGAGAACCUGGAGUUUCACAUCAAGGUGUCAUACUUUGAGAUCUACAUGGACAAAAUCAGAGAUCUCCUAGAUGUGUCUAAAACAAAUUUGUCUGUCCAUGAAGACAAAAACAGAGUACCAUAUGUAAAGGGUUGUACGGAACGUUUUGUGUCUAGUCCAGAAGAGGUGAUGGAGGUUAUAGAUGAAGGGAAGGCAAACAGACAUGUGGCUGUAACAAAUAUGAAUGAACACAGCUCACGCAGCCACAGUGUGUUCCUGAUCCAUGUCAAGCAGGAAAAUGUUGAAAGUGAGAAAAAACUCCAUGGUAAACUGUACCUGGUGGACUUGGCAGGUAGUGAAAAGGUCAGUAAAACAGGAGCUGAGGGGGCUGUGCUAGAUGAAGCAAAGAACAUCAACAAGUCUCUGUCUGCCCUGGGAAACGUUAUCGCUGCUCUUGCUGAAGGAAAUAAAUCCCAUGUACCAUACAGAGACAGCAAACUGACUCGUAUUUUGCAAGAGAGUUUGGGAGGUAAUGCCCGCACUACCAUGGUCAUCUGCUGUUCCCCAGCCUCUUACAAUGAGGCUGAGACAAAAUCCACUCUGAUGUUUGGACAGAGAGCCAAGACAAUCAAGAAUGUGGUGUCGGUGAACGAAGAGCUGACAGCAGAGGAGUGGAAGAGGCGUUACGAGAAAGAAAAAGAAAAGAACAACAAGCUGAAACUCAUUAUUCUCAAGUUGGAGGCUGAGCUGCAGUCAUGGCGUGCUGGUAACAGUGUACCCCUGGAAGAGCAGGUUGAUGUAAAGACAGCAGCCGUUGAAGGGGAACAACCUAAAGAGGGUGCACCACCAGGAGCAACCCUCACCAUGGCAACCAGUUUUGUGGGACUUGCUGGUGGUGGAGCUUCUGCCAUCUCUGAGGCUGAGCGCUUGCAGUUGGAGGAAGAGAAGAUGAAGCUGUACCAGCAGCUGGAUGAUAAGGAUGAAGAGAUCAACAAUCAGUCACAGUUAAUUGAGAAACUGAAGGAGCAAAUGUUGGAACAGGAGGAGCUAAUCACACAGUCCCGACGUGACUAUGAGGCCAUGCAGGCCGAGAUGGCCCGUAUUCAGCAGGACAAUGAGUCGGCCAAAGAGGAGGUGAAGGAGGUGCUGCAGGCUCUGGAAGAACUGGCCAUGAAUUAUGACCAAAAGUCACAGGAGGUGGACAGCAAGAACCAUGACAUUGAGGCUCUUAGUGAGGAGCUAGGCCAGAAGAUGGCAAAGAUGAAUGGCCUACAGUCAGAACUGGAGCAGCUUCGUGACUCUUCACUACAUCAGAAAAAGCGAGUGACAGACAUGAUGAUCAGUCUUCUCAAGGAUCUGGGUGACAUUGGUGGCGUUAUUGGUGGAAGUGCUGCAGAAAACAAGCCAAAUCCCAGUGCUGGUGAAAAACUAGAAGAGGAGUUCACAGUUGCUCGCCUAUACAUCAGCAAGAUGAAGUCUGAAGUGAAAACACUAGCUAGCCGUGCACAGACUCUGGAGUCCCAGCAGCAGGAGAGCAGCCAGAAACUGUCGGAAGCUGAAAAUGAUCUUUCUGAUUGCAAGCUCAAGAUCCAGCAGUAUGAGGCCAAAAUGACAACUCUGGCUGAAACAAUCAAAGAUGUCGAGCAGAAGAAGCGGCUGCUGGAAGAGAGUGUAGACUGCUUGAGUGAGGAAUGUGCACAGCUGAAGGCUCAGCAAUCUAUGGCUAAUGCUGUUAGUGAGAAAGAAAGGGAAACAUCUAACAAACUUCAGGCUGAGAUUGAGAUGAAGGAGACAUUGGAGAAACAGAUGAUGGCUCAUCGUGAGCAACACCAGAAGCAGCUGUCAUCUCUGCGUGAAGAGAUUGCUGACAAGCAGAGUGUGAUAGAUACCCUCAAGGACACAAAUCAGAAGCUAUCCUUGGCCAUGGAGAAAAUGCAGGGAGACUAUGAGAAGCUGAAGGCGGAGGAUGUCGAAAAGACAGCAAAGCUCUCUGAGUUGUCCACACAGAUGUCCCGUCGUGAGCAGGCCAAACAGGACUUGAAAGGGCUAGAGGAGACAGUUGCCAAGGAACUGCAGACCCUGCACAAUCUACGCAAGCUUUUUGUGCAGGAUCUUCAGAACAGAGUGAAGAAGUCAGCCAACAAGAAAGAGGACGAAGAAGAUGAGGAAGGAGGAGGAAAUGUUGCUCAGAAGCAAAAGAUUUCUUUCCUGGAGAAUAAUCUGGAGCAGCUGACUAAAGUCCACAAACAGCUGGUACGUGACAAUGCAGAUCUUCGGUGCGAACUUCCCAAACUGGAAAAACGCCUGCGAGCCACAAUGGACCGCGUCAAGUCCCUGGAGACAGCACUGAAGGAAGCCAAGGAAGGUGCCAUGCGUGACAGAAAGAGGUACCAGAUGGAGGUUGAUCGCAUUAAGGAAGCUGUUCGUCAACGCAACCUGGCUCGUAGAGGGCAUGCUGCACAAAUAGCUAAACCAAUCAGACCUGGGCAGCAUCCAGGUGGCAGCACUACCCAAGGAACUGGCAUCCGUGGAGGUGGUGGUCUUGCAGCUAACGGCCCAGCCCCCAUCAAGGCUGAGAGUCAGGCUUAGAUUUGAAUUCCACUGAAAGGUUAGGAUUAGGAAUACACCAUGCUGGAUAUUUGGCGUAGCUCUUUGCAAGUGAAGAUCUGUGCACUAACAUUAUUCUGUACUACCAGGGACAAGAUAGUACCCUCAGGGCUAUAGCCCAUGUUGUAGCAUUCCGCUUUUGUCAGCUUGUGCAUCUGUUACAGUAGGUGAUCUGAGUUAUAGGCACCACUUGGGUAGAAUAACACAUCACUCAUGGUUUACUUUUAUUUAUUAUUGCUAAUAUCAGUGGGUGUAUCCUGGUCAUUUGCAGUAAUCUCUUUUAACCAAAAUAAGGUAAAUCUUUAAUUUUUGUGAGCUUUUCACAGACCCAGAGAAAGCUUGACAAGAAGAUUGUGAAAAGAAGAGAAACUACUGUAUAGCAUAUGUACAUAAUUUGCUGCUUUUAUUCCAGUUUUGAAGACAAAUUUUACUUUGACAUUUAUAAUGGGGAUAAUUGGAUAAAAUGUUCUGCAAUUUCAAACUAUACCACUUAGCAUGUGAGGCUAAAAAUAGCAGAAGAGCAAGAGGACUGGCACUGUCCAGAUGUACUCCUGAUGACACUCCUUUCACCAAGAGCAACAAAAUAAUGUCCAAUGAAGUAUUUUCGGCAAAUACAAGCAGUGUGUGCACAUCCACAUUAGAACAUUCAGGUCUAUUUGCCUAGUGGACAUCUUUUCGUAUUUUCGCAAGGAAAGGAGAGUCGGAUCAGGAACAAACACUCUGGAGCUGCAGACAGUUUUUGUCAGAGACCUCCAUCAAAGUUUCACGUGUACUUUUAAGACAUUUUUUUCGUGUUCUGAGAAUUAAGAAUUUUUCUUAAAUGUUGAAGAUUGUUCUUGCGAUUUUCUACAGAAAACAAUGUCUUAGAGUAGCAGGGACAAGGGAACAGCAGUUUUAUUUCCUUGUCAUUUAAGUUAGGACACAUUGUUAUAUUUCUUUUUCCACAAGAGAUUUAAGUCUAAUCUUUUUUUUUUUUUCCUUUAUGAAAUGCCAUUCCUUCUGUGAAUAUUUGUGUAUCGGUUAGAGGGGGCCUUUUGGUGUCGUUCUCUCCCAUUUCUUCCCUAUCCUCUUGCCCUGUGUCUUGAGUUCAUAGCAGCCAUCUAUAAUCCCUGUUCCUAGCUUUGUCAAUUCUUGGAAGAAGAAAUUUUUAUUUCUUGAUGCAGUAUGAUAAAUGUACAGUUGUUUUGUUAUGAAGGUUGAUGUUUAAUAAUUAUAAGAACGCGUGUUUCAAAGGAUUUGUUGCAAUAUGAUUUUGACUAAACAUUGCAAAACCAUUCAUUUGAUUAAGAGAUUGUGUUAUUUAUUGUCUGGCAUUUUUUACUUUUUGGUAGCUGCUGUAGCAUGUGCUUAAGUGAUGCUUUUGACAAAAUGAAUAGUGUUUGGUAUAAAUGCUCACGUUUCCUUUUUUGUCUAUACUGCUGUGAAAGAGAUAAGAAAGAAAAGCAGCUACUAUAGAAAUGCAUGCAAAAUGUGUUCUUAUUUAAUGAAAUGGCUGGGUAACUCAUUUGCAUUACUUGACCUCCAUGUGCUGCGUCUACUUAAUGUUGUGAUUGCUACUUGUGCAUCAGGAUCACUGGCUGUGGCCCAUGGCCAGCCGUCCACAGUUCCCUUUUUACAGAGUACUUCAUGGUGGCCAUGGGAAGUCUUGUAGAUUGCUUCUUUAUUUGGGGACUGGUCUCUACUCCUUCCAUUUCUUCUGCUUUGUGCACCUUUUUUGUUUUGGUUUUAUUUUUUUACUGUUUCAGUAUCUAAUUCUGCUGAUAACCCAGUUAAGUGUGUGAGAAAGCUAUUUGUAAAGUUGUGGGUUAAAGAGCAGAAAAGAAGCGAUAAAGGCGUUAGUACAUAGCUGCUGCAGCACUGGUGUCAUCAAAGCACACAGUGGACAAGAUGGUGUUCAAGUUUGCUUCUGAUGCAUUUCUUAUUUCAGCAGAUGACCAGGAUUAGAGGACUGAUGACUAAUUAGUAUAUUUUCACAAUUCUCAUUUUAAGGGCAGGUUUGGUUUAUUUUUAUUUGAAAGUGCAGGAAGUCUUGGAGGAAGGCAAACACACAUUGAUAGGAAAAAAGAAAUAGUAGAAAAGCAUUUGAGUGGCUGCUUAUGCGCGCGUGUGUGUGUGUGCAUGCGUGUUUGCUUGCUGGAAAGGAGAGAGGAGUGUAUGACUGUUCUCAUGCUCAUGACCCCAUUUUAAUUUUGGGAUUAUCAUUAUCUUCUAAGUGGUCAGCUUGGGUUCUUUGUCAUUCAUUCUCUCAAGGUGGUCUUGGUCAAGACAAGACUGAGCUGGUGCAUAACAUUUGAUUUUUAAUCAUUUGUAUAAUAAAGUAAUGGCAUUGUCAAGGCUUUGUAUGCAACUUCUUGUUGUCUUUGAUAUAGUCUGUAAAAAUCACAUAUUCUAUUACUUCUGUGGAAGUUGUUACUUGUGAUCAUAACACAUUUUUGAGAGACAGAUUAAUGUGCACAAAUGAUGAAAGUGCUUUCAGUGUAUGCCAUGGCCAUCAUGUUUCUUCUCAGAUCUUUUAGUGUUGUACAUGGACAUGGUAUUAUCAUUUUUGUCUUUCAGAUUCAAAUGUCUCCCCUUAAUUGACAAUGCUCUUGUUGCAAAAGGGAAAUUUGCAUAUAAAAUUAGCAAUGUUUUGGCAAAGGUGUCAACUGGCACUUUAUCAUGUUGAAUUUGUUCAUAAUGAAUGGACCUUUAAUUGCCUGGUUAUCUGGUAAAAAAAGCAAACAACAUGAUUGGCUAUGUGGUUGUGUCAAGCCCUAAUGAUUAUUACUGUUACAAAUCUCACCUAUCUUCACACAGCACCUCUUCCCAUUUUCAUCAUCUAGUUCAACUUUUCUUUAUUUGCUAUAAGCUUGCAAGUCCACUGUGAACUCAUACAAACGAUUUUAGUGUUAUGGGAUUGAUGUGACAAUAGACUGUAGAAACAAAUAUCUCAGCUACAACUAGCCUCAAGCUGUGGUCAUCUGUUUGACCCUGUGCUAUCAGUUUUAAGCAGAAGCUUGUUAGUAACAUUGUAUGUGUCAUUCCGGUUUUGACCAAUGCAGCUGCUUUGUUGCAGUUAUGUCGUUUCAAUUUUCCCUGCAGCCAAGAAAUUGCCAUGUUUCACUGUAAAGCUUUGAAGAUGGUAUGUAAGAUAAUAGAUACAUGUGCCAGCUUUUUUCUGUCUAGCCUUUUAGCCUCACCAUGAGCAUCAUACACAUAAGCCUUUUCAAGUCUUCGAACAAAUUUCCGAUUUGGUUGUCUUGGGGUGUGUCUUGUUUUAGAUAUUUUUCCCCUUUCUUCUUUUAAUAUUCUUUUGGAAAAAAGUGAAGUCAGUAGAGCAAAAUGUUUGUGUGACUUUCUACCAACUUGACUCCUGUGCUGAUUCUGCACAAUAAAAAAAGAAAAAAAUAAUAAAC